AUGAAUGGCUGGGCUCUUUCCCUGGGCUUUUGCUUCUUGACCCAUGUCACCGAAACCUUGAUCUUUAUGUAUUUCGCCACCGUCUCCUUGGCUGACUCGCGGGGUCUUUUCCCAAGGCUGGAGAAUGUGGGAGCUUUCAAGAACGUGUCACUUGUGCCAACCCAAGCGACGUGUGGACUCCCAGACCGAAGCACUUUCUGUCACAGCUCUGCUGCUGCGGCUCUCGGGUUCUGUACCCAGCGGCUUUGCAUUCAGGAUUGCCCCUAUAGAUCUUCAACUCCCAUCUACACGGCCCUCUUUUCCAAAGGCCUCAGGAGCUGCAUCACAGCAGACGAGCGUGAUCUGUGUCCCAACUGCCAGAGCGAUUCCACAAGUUUUAUUUUUGGAAGUCACAAGAAUUGCUUUUCUUCUCCUCCUUCUCCGAGGCUGGCGGCGUCAUUUACUUUAGCCGUGUGGCUGAAACCUGAGCGAGAGGGUGUAAUGUGUGUUAUAGAAAAGACAGCGGAUGGGCAGAUUGUGUUCAAACUUACAAUAUCCGAGAAAGAGACCAUGUUUUAUUAUCGCACAGUAAAUGGUUUGCAGCCUCCAAUAAAAGUAAUGACACUGGGGAGAAUUCUUGUGAAGAAAUGGAUUCAUCUUAGUGUGCAGGUGCAUCAGACAAAGAUCAGUUUCUUCAUCAAUGGUUUGGAGGAGGGUAAUACAGCAUUUGAUGCAAGAACUCUAAGUGGUUCAAUUAUAGAUUUUGCCUCUGGUACUACGCAAAUAGGACAGAGUUUAAAUGGAUUAGAGCAGUUUGUUGGAAGAAUGCAAGAUUUUCGAUUUUACCAAGUGGCGCUUACAAACAGGGAGAUUCUGGAAGUUUUUUCUGGAGAUCUGUUCAGAUUGCAUAUCCAGUCCCAUUGCCGCUGCCCUGGCAGCCACCCUAGGGUCCAUCCUUUGGGACAGCGGUACUGCAUUCCCAAUGACGCAGAAGACACAACCACUGAUAGGGUGUUACGGCUCAAUCCUGAAGCCCAUCCUCUUUCUUUUGUCAAUGAUAAUGAUAUUGUUACUUCGUGGGUUUCACAAGUUUUUACCAAUAUUACCCAGCUUCAUCAAGGAGUGACUAUUUCGAUAGAUUUGGAAAAUGGACAGUAUCAGGUGUUUUAUAUUAUCAUUCAAUUCCUUAGUCCACAACCAACAGCAAUAAGGAUUCAAAGGAAGAAGGAGGACAACCUAGAUUGGGAGGACUGGCAAUUUUUUGCUAGAAAUUGCAGAGAUUUUGGCAUGGAAAAUAAUGGAAAAUUGGAAAAUCCUGAUUCUGUCAACUGUCAUCAGCUUUCCACUUUUACUCCAUAUUCCCAUGGUAACAUCACAUUUAGCAUUCUAUCACCUGGACCAAAUCAUCGACCUGGCUACAAUGACUUUUAUAAUACCCCAUCUCUUCAAGAGUUUGUAAAAGCCACACAAAUAAGACUUCAUUUUCAUGGACAGUACUAUACAACUGAGACUCCUAUCAGCCUCAGACACAGAUACUAUGCAGUCAAUGAAAUCACCAUCACUGGGAGAUGUCAGUGCUAUGGUCAUGCUGAUAAGUGUGACACAACAAGCCGGCCCUAUCAAUGUCUCUGCUCUCUAGAAAGCUUCACCCAAGGACUUCACUGUGAUCACUGCUUGCCUCUUUAUAAUGAUAAGCCUUUCCACCAAGGUGAUCAAGUUCAAGCUUUCAAUUGUAAACCUUGUCAAUGCAACAACCAUUCCAGAAGCUGCCACUACAAUAUCUCAGUGGACCCAUUUCCAUAUGAGCACCACAGAGGAGGGGGAGGGGUCUGUGAUGAUUGUGAGCAUAAUACAACAGGAAGGAACUGUGAGUUAUGUAAGGAUUACUUUUUCCGACAAGUUGGAGCAGAUCCUUCCGCCGCGGAUGUUUGCAAACCCUGUGAUUGUGCUAAAAUGGGCACCAGGAAGAGUGGCUUCCUUUGUGAUAAGAUUGGAGGCCAGUGUAAUUGUAAGAGACAUGUGUCUGGCAGACAGUGCAAUCAGUGCCAAAGUGGAUUCUACAAUCUACGAGAGUCGGAUCCUGAUGGCUGCAGCUCCUGUAACUGCAGUACCUCUGGGACAGUGGAUGGAGAUAUUACCUGUCACCAAAAUUCAGGCCAGUGCAAGUGCAAAGCAAAUGUUAUUGGGCUUAGAUGCGAUCACUGCAAUUUUGGAUUUAAAUUCCUCCGAAGUUUUAACAAUGAUGGAUGUGAGCCCUGCCAGUGCAAUGUCCACGGCUCAGUGAGCAAAUUCUGCGAUCCUCUUUCCGGGCAGUGCGAGUGCAAGAAAGAAGCCAAAGGACCUCAGUGUGACACCUGCAGAGAACACUUUUACGGACUGGACAUUGCCAGUUGUAAGGCCUGUGACUGUGACGAGGCUGGAUCCCUUUCUGGGACCGUCUGUGAUGCCAGGACAGGGCAGUGCGUCUGCAAGCCCAGGGUAGGAGGGAGACAGUGCAACCAGUGUUUGGAGGGAUACUUCUACCUCAGGCAAAAUAAUUCUUUCCUCUGUCUGCCUUGCAACUGUGAUAAGACUGGGACAGUAAAUGGCUCUCUGCUGUGUGACAAAUCAACAGGACAAUGUCCUUGCAAAUUAGGAGUAACAGGUCUUCACUGUAAUCAGUGUGCGCCUCACAGGUACAAUCUGACCAGUGGCAAUUUUCAAGGCUGCCAGAUGUGUGAGUGUGACUCCUUGGGGACAUUACCUGGGACUGCUUGUGACCCAAUCAGUGGCCAGUGCCUGUGUUUGCCUAAUCGGCAGGGAAGAAGGUGUAAUCAUUGUCAACCAGGUUUUUAUCUUUCUCCAGGCAAUGCCCCUGGUUGCCUGCCAUGUUCAUGCCAUAUAACAGGUGCUGUUCAUCACAUCUGUAAUAGCCUAACUGGUCAGUGCCUUUGCCAAGACACUUCCAUUGCUGGACAAAGUUGUGACCAUUGUAGAGACCUUUACUUUGGAUUUGAUCCUCAGACUGGAAGAUGUCAGCCUUGCAAUUGUCAUCUCUCAGGAGCCUUGAAUGAAACCUGUCACUUGGUCACGGGCCAGUGUUUCUGUAAACGAUUUGUCACUGGAUCCAAGUGUGAUACUUGUGUUCCCAGGGCAAGCCAUUUGGAUGUGAACAAUCCGCUGGGCUGCAGCAAAACUCCAUCCCAACAACCUCCACCCAGAGGACAAGUUCAAAGUUCUUCUGCUAUCAAUCUCUCCUGGAGUCCACCUGAUUCUCCAAAUGCCCAUUGGCUUACUUACAGUUUACUCAGGGACAGUUCUGAAGUCUACACAACUGAAGAUCAGUAUCCAUACAAUAUUCAGUACUUCUUAGACACUGACCUGUCACCAUAUACUUCAUAUUCCUAUUACAUCGAGACGGCCAGUGUGCAUGGUUCAACAAGGAGCGCACCUGUCACAUACAAGACGAAACCAGGGGUCCCAGAAGGAAACUUGAACUUAAGUUAUAUCCUUCCUGUUGGCUCAGACUCUGUGACACUUGCCUGGACUACACCUUCAAAUCAUUCUGGUCCUAUAGAGAAAUAUAUUUUGUCCUGUGCUCCUUUAAGUGGCAAUGAGCCAUGUGUUCCCUAUGAAGGUCAUGAAACCUCCACUACCAUCUGGAAUCUGGUUCCAUUCACCAAGUACCAUUUUUCUGUACAGGCGUGUACUAGUGGGGGCUGUUUACACAGCUCACCCCUUAUGGUGAUCACAGCCCAGGCACCUCCCCAAAGGCUGGGCGCACCCGAGGUGCAGAAGAUCGGUUCCACAGAGCUUCAUGUAGAAUGGUCUCCCCCAGUGGAACCAAAUGGGAUAAUUAUAAGAUAUGAACUCUACAUGAAAAAAAUGAAGUCCGAUGGAGAAACGUCAGCAGAAAGUCGAGUUUUUCAGAGCAGUGGCUGGUUCAGCCCUCACCCAUUUGCAGAAUCAGCCAAUGAAAAUGCACUAAACCCUCCUCAAACAGCCACAACCAUCACUGCCUUGGAGCCAUACACCAAGUAUGAGUUUCGAGUCUUGGCUGUGAACAUGGCUGGAAGUGUGUCUUCUGCCUGGACUUCAGAAAGAACGGGAGAAUCAGUGCCGGCAUUCAUGACCCCUCCUUCUGUCUUCCCACUCUCACCUCACUCCCUCAAUGUGUCCUGGGAGAAGCCAGCAGAGAAUGCAACAAGAGGAGAAGUGGUGGGGUAUAAGGUCAAUAUGGUUUCCGAACAGUCACCUCAGCAAUCUCUUCCGGCAGCAUUGUCACAGGUGUUGUACACUGCUAAAUCCCAAGAACUGUCUUACGUUGUAAAAGAACUAAAACCUUAUAGGAUAUACAACUUUACUAUUUCUCUCUGCAAUUCAGUUGGUUGUGUAACCAGCGCGUCAGGAACAGGACAGACAUUAGCAGCAGCACCAACCCAACUGAGGCCUCCUGUGGUGGAAGGAAUCAACAGCACAACCAUCCGUGUCAGAUGGCUCCCACCCAAAGAACUCAAUGGCCCCUCUCCUGUGUAUCAGCUGGAAAGGAGAGAGUCAUCUCUUCCAGCUCCCAUGGCCACGAUGAUGAAAGGAGUUCGUUUCAUAGGGAAUGGAUAUUAUAAAUUUCCCAGUUCCACACAUCCGGUCAAUACGGACUUUACUGGCAUUAAGGCCAGCUUUCGAACAAGGGUGCCUGAAGGUUUGAUUGUCUUUGCCGCAUCGCCUGGCAAUCAGGAAGAGUAUUUUGCACUUCAGUUGAAGAAUGGACGUCCUUGUUUUCUUUUUGAUCCUCAGGGGUCUUCAGUGGAAGUUACUACAACUAAUGAUGGUGGAAAACAAUACCAUGAUGACAAAUGGCAUGAGAUAAUAGCUAUUAGGCAUCAGGCUUUUGGCCAAAUCACACUCGAUGGGCAGUAUACAGGUUCUUUGACUGCCCUGAAUGGGAGCACGAUUAUUGGAGGGAACACGGGAGUAUUUGUGGGAGGGCUUCCACGGGGUUAUACCAUCCUCAGAAAGGAUCCUGACAUAAUCCAAAAGGGUUUUGUGGGCUGUGUCAAGGAUAUGUAUUUUAUGAAGAAGUAUAACCCCUUUGCUGUUUGGGAGCCUCUGGUUUGGCAAAAUGCUGAAGAACAGGUCAACGUGUAUGAUACCUGGGAGGGAUGCCCCACUGCAUUACAGGACGGAGCCCAGUUCCUAGGAACAGGAUUCCUGGAACUUUAUCCGUAUGUGUUUCAUGGUGGAAUGGAUUUUGAGAUUUCCUUUAAGUUCAGAACUGACCAAUUGAAUGGAUUGCUUCUUUUCAUGUACAACAAAGAUGGGCCUGAUUUUCUUGCUAUGGAAUUGAAGAGUGGAAUAUUGAGCUUCCGGUUAAAUACCAGUCUUUCCUUCACACAAGUGGAUCUAUGGCUCGGACUGUCCUAUUGUGAUGGAAAGUGGAAUAAAGUGAUUAUUAAAAAGAAAGGUUCCAUCAUAUCAGCAAGCAUGAAUGAACUGAGGGAACGUGGGUCACAGUCCAGAGCCCAGCCACUGAUGGUCAAUUCCCCCAUCUAUGUGGGAGGAACCCCACAGGAGCUGCAGGACUCCUAUAAACGCCUGAAUUUGGAACAAGGUUUCGGUGGUUGCAUGAAGGAUGUUAAAUUUGCACGGGGUGCUGUCGUUAACUUGGCAUCUGUGUCCAGCAGCGCUGUCAGAGUCAAUCUGGAUGGGUGCCUGUCAAGUGACAGUACCAUUAACUGCAGGGGAAAUGACUCCAUCCUGGUUUACCGGGGGAAAGAGCGCAGUGUUGACGAGAGUGGUCUGCAGCCUUUCACAGAGUACCUGUACCGAGUGGUAGCCUCACACGAAGGAGGCUCUGUCUACAGUGACUGGAGUCGGGGCCGUUCAACAGGAGCAGCUCCACAAAGUGUGCCGACUCCCUCAAGAGUCCGCAGCAUAAAUGGGUAUAGCGUUGAGGUGAGCUGGGACGAACCUGUUGUGGUGAGAGGUGUAAUUGACAAGUACGUUCUGCGGGCCUACAGGGAGGAUGACCCCCGAUCGCCACGCGUGCCCUCUGCCACUUCCGAGCUUGUCAGUACCAGCACCCUCACAGGCAUAGUGACAGGCUUGCUACCCUUCAAAAACUAUGCAGUAACCCUAACUGCUUGCACUUUGGCUGGCUGUACCGAGAGCUCAGAGGCAUUGAACAUCUCUACUCCACAAGAAGCCCCACAGGAAGUUCAGCCACCAGUAGCCAAAUCUCUUCCCAAUUCUUUGUUACUAUCCUGGGAUCCACCCAAAAACGCAAAUGGUAUUAUAACUCAGUACUCUUUAUAUAUGAAUGGGAUGCUAGUCUAUUCGGGCAGUGAAAAGAACUACACGGCCACAGAUUUACCAGUAUUUACACCCCACCGGUUUGUCCUCAGUGCCUGCACAUGUGUGGGAUGUACAAACAGUUCCCUGGUCGUACUGUACACGGCACAGCGGCCACCAGAGCACGUGGAUUCCCCACUCCUGACCGUCCUGGAUUCCAGAACCAUACAUGUGCAGUGGAAACAACCAAGAAACGUACAUGGGAUUCUGGAGCGCUAUAUAUUAUAUAUUUUGAAUCAGACGCAUGAUUUUGCAGCUUGGGAUGUCAUCUAUAACAGCACUGAACUUUUUCAGGAUCACCUGCUAGAACACUUGACCCCUGGUAAUAAAUAUCUCAUCAAGCUGGGAGCUUGCACAGGGGGUGGGUGCACCGUGAGCGAGGCCAGUGAGGCCCUAACUGAGGAACAGAUACCCGAAGGAGUGCCGGCCCCCAAAGCUCACUCCUACUCACCCCACUCCUUUCACAUCUCCUGGACAGAGCCUGAAUAUCCAAAUGGUGUUAUCACAAGCUACGGACUAUAUCUGGAUGGUAUAUUAAUUCACAAUUCCUCAGAACUCAGCUGUCAUGCUUAUGGAUUUGCUCCUUGGAGCUUACAUUCCUUCAGAGUGCAAGCAUGCACGGCCAAAGGUUGUGCUCUGGGCCCACUGGUGGAAAAUCGAACUCUAGAAGCUCCUCCUGAAGGAACAGUAACCGUGUCUGUCAAAACACGGGGAUCCCGAGAAGCCCACGUGAGGUGGGACGCACCUUUUCACCCUAAUGGACACUUAACAUACUCAGUCCUUUUCACUGGGACGUUCUAUGCCGACCAAGCAGUUAAUAACUACACUCUUCUGAAUGGCACACAAGUCAUGCACCGCAGUGAAGAGACCAACGUUUGGGUACUCAUUGAGGGGCUGGUUCCUUUUACUAACUAUACUGUGCAAGUGAAUGCUUCAAAUAGCCAAGGCAGCUUGAUGAGUGACCCCUUAACCCUGGCAAUGCCACCCGGGGCUCCAGAUGGCGUGCUGCCUCCGAGGCUUUCAUCUGCCACUCCAACCAGUCUUCAGGUUGUCUGGUCUACACCAGCUCGCAACAACGCUCCUGGCUCUCCCAGAUACCAACUCCAGAUGAGGCCUGGCCAUUCCACCCAUGGAUUUCUGGAGUUAUUUUCCAAUCCUUCUGCAUCGUUAAGUUAUGAAGUGAGAGAUCUCCAACCGUACACAGAAUAUGAGUUUCGGUUGGUGGCCUCCAAUGGAUUUGGCAGUGCCCAUAGUUCCUGGAUUCUCUUCGGGACUUCAGAGGACAAACCUGGACCUAUGGACCCUCCAAUUCUUCUGGAUGUGAAGUCAAGAAUGAUGUUGGUCACCUGGCAGCAUCCUUUAAAGUGCAAUGGGGUCAUUACCCAUUAUAACAUUUACCAACAUGGCCACCUCUCCCUGAAAACUUCUGGAAAUAUCACUAAUUGCACAGUGAUCGAUUUGCGCCCAUAUACUGCCUAUAAGUUCCAGGUAGAAGCCUGUACUAUGAAAGGAUGUUCCCUCUCUCCAGAGUCCCAGACUGUAAGGACACUCCCAGAUGCACCGGAAGAUAUCCCAAGUCCAGAGCUGUUCUCUGAUACCCCAACAUCUGUGAUUAUAUCUUGGCAUCUUCCCAAGCACCCCAAUGGCUUGGUGGAGAACUUCACAAUUGACAGAAGAGUCCAAGGGGAGGAAGAAGUUACUACCCUGGUGACUCUCCCAAGAAGUCAUUCCAUGAGGUAUAUUGACAAGACUUCUGCUCUUAGCCCAUGGACAAAAUAUGAAUACAGGGUAGUAAUGAGCACUGUUAAUGGAGGUACAAAUAGCAGUGCUUGGGUAGAAGUGACCACGAGACCCUCACGACCUGCUGGGGUACAGCCACCCGUGGUGCGUGUGCUAGGACCUGAUUCAGCCGAGGUCACUUGGAAACCCCCACUCAUGCAGAAUGGAGACCUGCUUCGCUAUGAGAUCCACAUGCCGGAUCCUCGUAUCACAAUAACCAAUGUGACUCCCUCAGUGUUAAGUCAAAUAAUUACUCAUCUGAUUCCUUUCACUAAUUACUCUGUCACCAUUGUGGCUUGCUCAGGAGGUAACGGGUACCUAGGAGGGUGCACAGAGAGUUUACCUACCCAUGUUACCACCCACCCAACACUACCUCAGGGCAUUAACCCACUGUUGGUGGUUCCACUAAGUGAAUCAUAUGUUGGAAUUUCGUGGCAGCCACCAUCCAGACCAAAUGGACCCAAUUUGAGAUAUGAGCUUCUGAGACGUAAAAUCCAGCAACCACUUGCAUCAAAUCCCCCAGAAGAUUUAAAUCUGUGGCACAAUAUUUAUUCAGGAAUUCAGUGGUUUUAUGAAGAUAAGGGUCUUAGCAGGUUUACGACGUACGAGUAUAAGGUGUUUGUACACAACAGCAUGGGUUUUACACCGAGCCAAGGAGCUACCGUGACAACAUUAGCUGGUCUUCCAAAGAGGGGCACCAACCUCACUGCAACUGUUCUUAACCACACUGCCAUAGAUGUGACAUGGGCUAAACCAACCUUUCAAGACCUACAAGGUGAUGUUGAAUAUUACACACUUUUUUGGAGUUCUGCUACCUCAGAUGAAUCUCUCAAAAUCCUCCCAGACGUAAACUCUCAUGUCAUCAGCCACUUAAAUCCAAACACAGAGUAUCGAAUUUUUAUCUCUGUCUUCAAUGGAGUCCACAGCAUCACCGGAGAAGUACUGCGUGCAACCACUUUCGAUGGGGAGCCUCAGGGCAUGCUUCCUCCAGAGGUUGUCAUCAUCAACAGUACAGCUGUACGUGUCAUCUGGACAUCUCCUUCAAACCCAAAUGGUGUUGUCACUGAAUAUUCCGUCUAUGUAAAUAAUAAGCUCUACAAGACUGGAAUGAAUGUGCCUGGGUCUUUCAUUCUGAGAGACCUGUCUCCCUUCACUGUCUAUGACAUUCAGGUUGAAGUCUGUACCAAAUACGCCUGUAUGAAGAGUAAUAGAACCCAAAUCACCACUGUGGAAGAUACCCCAAGUGAUAUACCAAUGCCCACAAUUCAUGGCAUCACUUCAAGAUCCCUUCAAGUUGAUUGGAUGUCUCCAGGGAAGCCAAAUGGUAUCAUUCUCGGAUAUGAUGUCUUACGUAAAACAUGGCUUUCAUGCCCUAAAACCCAGAAUUUAAGAAAGGACCACAGGGGCAAGCUCUGCAAGGCAGUGAAGUGUCAAAAACCUAAAACCAUCUGUGGACAUAGGUGCUAUUCUCCUGAAUCUAAGGUUUGCUGUAAUGGAGUUCUCUACGACCCCCAGCCUGGGCACCAGUGCUGUGAAGAGAAAUAUAUCCCAUUCGUUUUGAAUUCAACUGCAGUUUGUUGUGGCGGCCGAAUACAAGAGGCUCAAACAGAUCACCACUGCUGCUCUGGGUAUUACACUAGAAUUCUACCAGGUGAAGUAUGUUGUCCAGAUGAACAGCACAAUCGGGUUUCCACUGGCAUCGGUGACUCCUGCUGCGGCAGAAUGCCUUACUCCUCCUCAGGAAACCAGAUUUGCUGUGCUGGGAGGCUUCAUGAUGGCUAUGGCCAGCAGUGCUGUGGUGGACAGAUUGUGAGCAAAGAUUUAGAAUGCUGUGGUGGAGAAGAAGAGGGCAUGGCAUACAGCCGCCUUCCAGGGAUGUUCUGUUGUGGGCAGGAUUAUGUGAAUAUGUCAGAUACCAUAUGCUGCUCAGCUUCCAGUGGAGAGUCUAAAGCACAUGUUAAAAAGAAUGACCCAGUGCCAGUAAAAUGCUGUGAGACUGAACUUAUUCCAAAGAGCCAGAAAUGCUGUAAUGGGGUUGGAUAUAAUCCUUUGAAAUAUGUUUGCUCUGACAAGAUUUCAACUGGAAUGAUGAUGAAGGAAAAUGGAGAGUGUGGGACUCUCUGCCCAGCGUCUCUGGAAGCCACGGCGUACUGCGGCACGUGUGACUUCAACUUCACCAGCCAUGUUUGUGCUGUGAUCAGAGGGCCUCAUGAUUCCCCCGGCAAGGAACCAACAGACGAAAUAUGCUCGUCUGCUGAAGAGACCGUUCACACGGGAAGUGCAAACACGUUCUCCUUCACAGAUGUGAACCUGGAGCCUUAUAUGACGUAUGAGUAUAGGAUUUCUGCAUGGAACAGCUAUGGGCGAGGAUUCAGCAAAGCCAUUAGAGCCAGGACAAAAGAAGAUGUGCCUGAAGGACUUCGUGACCCUAGGUGGACCAAAAUGGAUAAUCUUGAAGAUGUGAUACUCUUAAGUUGGAAGAAACCUAUACAGUCAAAUGGUCCAAUUAUCUACUACAUUCUUCUCCGAAAUGGGAUUGAACGUUUUCAGGGAACGUCACUGAGCUUUUCUGAUACGAAGGGAAUUCAGCCAUUUCAGGAAUACUCGUACCAGCUGAAAGCCUGCACGGUUGUUGGCUGUGCCAUCAGCAACAAGGUAGUUGCCGCCACUACCCACGGAGUCCCGGAGAGCGUCCUGCCGCCCAGAGUCACAGCACCCAGUGCAGAGGCUCUGCAUUUGAGCUGGAGCGUCCCUGAGAAACCAAAUGGCAUCAUUAAAGAGUACCAGCUCAGGCAGGUUGGGAAAGGUCUCAUCUACACUGGCACCACUGACAGGAGGCAGCAUACGGUCACAGGUCUCCAGCCAUACACCAACUACAGCUUCACACUUACAGCUUGUACAUCUGCUGGAUGCACUUCAAGUGAGCCUUUUCUAGGUCAGACGCUGCAGGCAGCCCCUGAAGGGGUUUGGGUGACACCUCGACACAUUAUCAUCAAUUCCACAACAGUGGAGUUAUUUUGGAGUCCGCCAGAAAAGCCCAAUGGCCUCAUCUCUCAGUAUCAAUUGAGUCGUAACGGAACCUUGGUAUUCCUGGGUGGCACUGAGGAGCAGAAUUUUACUGAUAAAAACCUGGAGCCCAACAGCAGAUACAUUUAUAAAUUGGAAGCCACAACUGGAGGUGGCAGCAAUCCUAGUGAUGAUUACAUUGUACAAACACCUGUACUGACACCAGAAGAAAUCCAGCCUCCAUAUAAUAUCACAGUAAUCGGGCCUUAUUCCAUAUUUGUAGCUUGGACUACACCAGGGAUCCUCAUCCCCAAAAUGCCUGUGGAGUACAAUGUCUUACUCAAUGCUGGAAGUGUAGCACCUCUAACCUCCUCUGUUGGUCAUCAUCAGUGCAUCCUUCUGGAAAAUUUGGCUCCAUUCACACAAUAUGAGAUAAGGAUACAAGCAUGUCAAAAUGGAAGUUGUGGAGUUAGCAGUAGGACAUUUGUUAAAACAUCUGAAGCAGCCCCAAUGGAUCUACCUUCCCCUGUUCUUAAGGCACUGGGAUCGGCUUGCAUCGAGGUUAAAUGGAUGCCACCUAAAAAGCCAAAUGGAAUCAUCCUCAACUACUUUCUUCACAGACGUCCUGCUGGCAUUGAAGACGAGUCCCUUUUGUUUGUCUGGGCAGAAGGAGCCCUUGAAUUCACUGAUGCUUCGGAUACUCUGAUGCCUUUCACGCUCUACGAAUACCAAGUCAGAGCCCACAACUCUAGGGGGUCAGUGGAGAGUCUGUGGUCAUCAGCACGGACCCUGGAAGCCCCACCUCAGUAUCUGCUAGCACCUUGGGCACAAGCCACCAGUGCUCAUUCGGUUCUGCUGAACUGGACGAAGCCAGACUCUCCCAACGGCAUUAUCUCCCAGUACCAUGUGGUCUACCAAGAAAGACCCAAUGAUCCAACAUUUAACGUCUCUACUGUGCAUGCUUUCACCAUGACGGGAACGAGCCAUCAAGCCCACCUAUUUGGGUUAGAACCAUUCACAACAUAUCACAUUGGAAUUGUGGCCACAAACCAGGCAGGAGACGUUUCAAGCCCCUGGACCGUGGUUCAAACCCUAGAAUCUUCCCCAAGUGGACUGAGCAACUUUACAGUAGAACAGCAAGAGAACGGCCGGGCGUUGUUGCUACAGUGGUCAGAGCCUGUGAGAACCAAUGGUGUGAUUAAGACUUACAGCAUCUUCAGCGAGGGUAUCCUGGAGUACUCUGGCUUGAAUCGUCAGUUUCUCUUCCGACGCCUGGUCCCUUUCAGCCUCUACACGCUGACCCUGGAGGCCUGCACCAAGGCGGGCUGUGCACACUCGGUGCCCCAGCCCCUGUGGACAGAGGAAGCCCCUCCCCACUCUCAGUUAGCUCCUACGAUCCGGUCUGUGGGGUCCACCAGCAUUGAGCUGAGCUGGUCUGAGCCUCUCCACCCACACGGAAAGAUAAUUCGCUAUGAAGUCAUUCGCAGGUGCUUCGAGGGAAAAGUUUGGGGAAAUCAGACAAUCCAGGCCGAUGAGAAAAUUGUUUUCACAGAAUAUGAUACUGAAAGGAACACAUUUAUGUAUAAUGACACUGGUUUGCAGCCAUGGACGCAGUGUGAAUAUAAAAUCCACACUUGGAAUUCAGCAGGCCACACCUGUAGCUCUUGGCACGUAGUAAGGACAAUGCAGGCGCCUCCAGAAGGUCUCUCUCCACCUGAGGUAGCCUAUGUAUCUAUGAAUCCCCCAAAACUACUGAUUUCCUGGAUCCCCCCCGAACAGUCCAAUGGUAUUAUCCAGUCAUACAAACUUCAGAGGAAUGGAGUGCUCUAUCCUUUCAGCUUUGAUGCUGUGACUUUCAAUUAUACGGACAAAGAGCUGCUUCCGUUUUCUACCUACAUUUAUGCCCUCAUAGCCUGCUCGGCGGGGGGCUGCUCCACCAGCAAACCCACCAGCGUCACAACGCCCGAGGCUGCCCCAGCAGGAGUCAGCCCUCCAGCUCUCUGGACUCUCAGCGCUACUCAGAUAAAUGUAUCGUGGUCACCACCGUCGGUUCAAAAUGGAAAGAUCACUAAAUAUUUGCUUAAAUUGGAUGGUAAGGAGUACUUUGCUGGGCAGAACCUGUCCCUGCUGGUUUCUGACCUCCAACCUUAUACUCAGUAUAACUUCUCCCUGGAAGCCUGCACUAACGGAGGUUGCACAGAGAGUGCGCCAAGAUCAGCCUGGACCCUGGAGGCCCCACCGCAGGACAUGGAGCCUCCAAAAUUGCAAGUCACAGGCUCAGAAUCCAUAGAAAUCACCUGGAAACCUCCCAGAAACCCAAACGGCCAGAUCAGAAGUUAUGAACUUAGACGGGAUGGCACCAUUGUCUAUACUGGCCUGGAAACCCACUACCACGAUUUCAUUCUCACCCCAGGCGUGGAGUAUGGCUACACAGUGACUGCCAACAACAGCCAAGGGGGUGUUUUGAGUCCACUUGUCAAAGACAGAACCAGCCCCUCAGCACCUUCAGGGGUAGAACCUCCAAAAUUGAAGGCCAAGGGCCCACAAGAGAUUUUAGUGAACUGGGAUGCUCCGGUGAGGACAAAUGGCGAUAUCAUCAAUUACACCCUCUUUAUCCGAGAGCUGUUUGCUAAAGAAACAAAAAUCAUACACAUCAAUACAAGUCAUACUUCUUUUGACACACAGUCACUCCUAGUAGACCAGCUGAAGCCAUUUCACAGGUAUGAAGUUCGAAUUCAAGCCUGCACCAUGCUGGGGUGUGCUUCAAGUGACUGGGCAUCCCUACAGACCCCUGAGGUUGCGCCUCUGAUGCAGCUCCCACCACAUCUAGACGUACGGAUGGCUCCAGGGGGGUUCCAGCCUACAGUCGCCCUUUCGUGGACGGGACCACUUCAGCCAAAUGGAAAAGUUUUAUAUUAUGAGCUGUACAGAAGACAAAGAACAACGCAACCUGGGAAAUCAAACCCAGUGCUCGCUUACAACGGAAGCGCAAGCUCUUUUACGGAUUCCGAACUAUCGCCUUUCACAGAAUAUGAGUAUCAGGUCUGGGCAGUGAAUUCAGCAGGAAAAGCCCCCAGUCCCUGGACAUGGUGUAAGACUGGGCCUGCCCCCCCAGAAGGUCUCAGGGCCCCCACGUUUCAUGAAGUCUCUUCCACCCAAGCGGUGGUCAACAUCAGCGCCCCUGGGAAGCCCAACGGAAUCAUCAGUCUCUACAGACUGUUCUCCAACACUAGUGGAUCAGAGACAGUGCUGUCGGAAGGCGCGGCGGCCCAGCAGACCCUUCGCGGCCUACAGCCCUUCAGCACGUACUGGGUGGGCGUGGAGGCCUGCACCUGCCUCGACUGCUGCAGCAAAGGGCCAACCGCCGAGUUGAAAACUCAGCCUGCUCCGCCCGCGGGACUGUCCGCUCCGCAGAUCCAGGCGCUGUCCUCGAGGACAGCUUCGUUCCAGUGGAGCCCGCCCCUGAGCCCCAACGGCGUCAUCCAAGGCUACGAGCUUCAGCUCUACCAGCCUUGCCCUCCGGAUUUAGCCCUGCCGUGUACCCCCGGCCAAGCAGAGACCAAGUACACGGGGCUGGAGCCCACGGCCCGCCUGGAGGGCCUCCAGCCCUACACCACCUACAGCCUGCGGGUGGUGGCCCACAACGAGGUGGGCAGUGUGGCUUCAGACUGGAUCCGCUUCAUCACCCAAAGGGAAUUGCCCCAGUACCGAGCCCCGUUUUCGGUGCAGAGCAAUUUGUCUCUGGUGCGUGUGGACUGGAGCGGCUCUUUCUCGCUGAACGGCCCGCUGAAGGAGUUCGUGGUGACCGACAGAGGCCAGCGUGUGUAUAGCGGGCUCGACACCACCCUCUAUCUACCCAGGACGGCGGACAAAACCUUCUUUUUCCAGGUCAUCUGCACCACAGAUGAAGGAAGCAUUAAAACGCCUGUGGUCCAAUACGAUACCUCUACCGGACUUGGCCUGGUUCUGACGACUCCUGGAGAAAAGACAGGAUCGGGGAGCAAAAGCACCAAGUUCUAUAGCGAGUUAUGGUUCAUCGUGUUAAUGGCGAUGCUGGGCUUGAUCCUGCUGGCCAUCUUUCUGUCUCUGAUACUACAAAGAAAAAUCCACAAAGAACCAUAUAUCAGAGAGAGGCCUCCCUUAGUGCCUAUUCAGAAGAGAAUGUCUCCGCUGAGUGUCUAUCCACCGGGGGAAACCCACAUGGGGUUAGCUAACACCAGAAUCCCCCGGUCUGGGACACCCAUCAGCAUUAGGAGCAACCGGAGCAUAUCUGUCCUCCGGAUCCCAAGUCAGAGCCGAAGAAGCCGUACCUAUUCCCAAGGCUCCCUCCACCGCAGCGUCAGCCAGCUCACGGACAUUCAAGACAAGAAGGUCUUGAUUGAUGACUCACUGUGGGAGACCAUCAUGGGCCACGACAGUGGACUGUAUGUGGAUGAAGAGGACCUGAUGAAUGCCAUCAAAGGCUUCAGCUCUGUGACUAAGGAGCACACCACGUUCACUGACACCCACCUGUGAAGGAUGGAAACUUGCAUCACAGAAACCUGAAAUGCCUGCCCCACGCCCCAUCCCCACGGGGGU